AUGACACACGGACCACCGCCCGCAGCGGCAGAAUCCUCGCGCUCGUCGUACUACCGGACAAGCUCGACACCAAGUGCCCCCACGACGUCGACGAGCCACCAUCCACCGCUGUACAAUCACUACCCGUCUACAUAUCCUGGGACUUAUACUCACCCACCUCAACCUCCUGUACAAGGACAUUGGCCGACGAACUGGUACCAAUAUUAUCAUCACCCAGGCCAGUAUCCAGCGUCGUCGACACCGCCGGCACCAACUGUGAAGCAGGAACACCAUGUCGAUCCAAGUCGAGGAAUUCAUCCACAUUAUUCGGGGUACAACGCCUAUUACCAAACUCAACCCGAUCAAAAUGAAGUCAAUGCCACGCCUAGACAGCCUGCACCAAUAGAAGCACCUUCUCCAGCCCCAAAGCCUCACCCAGUUCCAUCAUCGACAGUCAAGCCAGUGGAGAAACCACCCGUGCCUCCACCACAACCACCCGAAAACUACGAACACUGGGACGAUAUCCUAAAAACAUUCUUGGAGGAAGCAAAACUUACCGAGAGCUUAAAAGGGCUGGAGAUGGACAUGCUGGUUCUUUCUCCCGACUGGGAGACUACGGGCGUUUACACUGCAGUUGGAAAAAUGAUUCGGCGGUUUCAAGGCCUUUUAAAACGUCGCCAGGAAGAUGGACGCGAAUCCUUCGACAAAGGAGCUACCCCUACCCCCGAGAACGCUGGUCCUUCACAAUCCGAUUCCAAGGAGCGCUUGGACACGCGUAAACUCGCAUAUGUUUCCCCUCAUCUCGUACCCAACGAACCGACUAGGACACCGACCACUAUGACCAAAUCAAUAUCGCAAUUCCUGGCACGCAACCGAGCACGAAACAACGCCUCCAAUCGAGCCGAGUUCUUGUAUUCCCUCUCAGAGAGGAGAAAACAACUGGCAGCACUCCAGAGCGCCGACUCGACCACAGAAGCCACUCCGCAGAACAGUACAGAUAAAAAGAAUGGCGAACUAAAACAACGGUCACCAAGUACUGUCGACCCUCGCAACGUUUCCUCCUGUGCACGAACGGACGCCCGACCGAUCGACCGCGACGCUCAAAUGAAGUACGAUAUCGCGAAGAACAGCGAUGGUCCCCUCAGCCGGACUAGGGCAAAGGGCAAAGCCAACAUUGGGGACAAGAGGGCUCACAGAGGAGACGGCGCCGAUGGAACUUCAGACGGGCGAAGAGUGCGACGAAGGACAGAAAGUGAGGUUUUGACGAAGGAGCCGAGCGAGGAAGAGGAAGAGGGUACUCCAUCUCGCUAUCCCGCCUUGGACGAUCGAUUGAAGAAUAUCGAAGCUCAUUUCGCUGUGCGAUACGUUCCUUCGCCUCCUCGAACGCUGCUUGCGAGGCUCAAGUUCCUCGAGGAGCACAUCAUCAAAUUAGAAAAGGAGUAUCCGCCAUGGGCAGCUCUUUGGUUCUGCCAACCCGGGCGAGGCUGGCCUCCCCCACCCCGAACGACUCCAAUCAUUGUCCCUGUCCAUCUACGCGCUCUAGCAGUCACUUCCAACGCCCCAAAUCCAGUUUCUACCAACGCAAACAGCUCGACAUCUACUUCUACCACCUCGUCCCCCGCAUCCGCCAUUCCCGCAAAAACAGAAGACGAAUCAGGAGAUCUGACUCCGACCGCUCCUACAUCAGGAUCACGACCGAAAGCUACAAAACCAAAGAAACAGCAGUCGAGUUUGUAUCGAGCAGUCAUGGAGAAGUUGGAGGUCAAGAAGGCGUUGGAAGAUUAUCGAGCGGCGUCGUAG